GUCACUUUUAAACUGAACUUGCCGCGAGUAUGUUUAAUUUUUAUUUUUUUUUUAUGUUUUAAGACAUAUAAUAAGGAAUUAGGUUAUUGGAAUCCAGUUUAAAUGGGCACGUUCGAUUUCACCAUGGAUUUGGAGAACAACAACAACACACAGUUCACCGGAAAAGAGCCGGAAAAAUGUGCGCAGAAGAGAAAAUUAUCAAUUACCUUUGAAGACAAGACAGGUGAAACCAAGAGACUGAAAACGGAGGAACCCAUUGUGGAUGCCACGCCCCGCCCGCCCCCGCAGAGUCCAAAGAAACGGCUCCAACUGAACGGAAAGCCCAGACACAACAGAGAUGAUAAUUUCACUUACGGCAACUAUAAACACUACUAUGGCAAGCGAAUCCUGGACAAGGACUUUCACGACAUCCGCCUGGACGUGCUGGCCACCAAGCCAGAGCUGUUCCGGGGCAAACAACUUUUAGACAUUGGCUGCAACUCCGGGCAUCUGUCAAUCCAGAUUGCCAGAACCUUCGAGGCCAAGAGUCUCGUGGGUCUGGACAUAGAUCGCGGCCUGGUUAAGGAUGCGCAAAGUACCAUCAGCCACCUGAAGCGACAGGCGGCCCCGGGGCAGGGAUUUCCCCACAACACGAGGUUUAUGCACGGCAACUAUGUCCUGGAGGACGAUGUGUUGCUGGAAAUUGAGCGGCAGCAGUUCGAUGUUAUACUCUGCCUGUCUGUCACCAAGUGGAUCCACCUUAAUUUCUGUGAUGCCGGCCUGAAGCAGGCCUUCCGCCGCAUGUACCUGCAGCUGCGCCCGGGCGGCAAGCUGAUCCUGGAGCCUCAGUCUUUUGAUGGCUACAAGAGGCGCAAGAAGCUAUCGGAAAAAAUAAGAGAGAACUACAAUGCCAUUAAAUUCCGACCCGAACAGUUUACCGAAUAUUUGCUUAGCUCAGAAGUUGGCUUUGCCAAAAUGGAUCUCAUGGGCACACCCGAGCACUGCGAAGCCGGAUUCAAGCGACCCAUUCAGAUCUUUACAAAAGCAUAAGA